UAAACACAAAUGUGAAUGACGAGAAAGGAGGUCAAAGUCUUUUUGCUAGAGCUAAGCGCAUGGCUAGAUUUAAGUCUUUAUUUAAUUCAAAAUAUCCCGUUCAAGCAGCGCUCUUAAAACUUGUUCCCAUGUCAUUGUCGUACGAGUUGCCAUUGCCAGUUCAAGGUGACCCUUGGUAUGUAGAAAUAAAUAGUUCACUCCCCCCCAGUGAAUUGCUGUACCGAUGCCAGGUUUGUUGGGGUGACACCUGAAAACACCACAACAACGGGUGGCGCGGCCGUCACGUGACCUCGACCAAGCAAUGUUCUGGUCCCGAGUUUCCACCCCGCUUGCACUUGAACGCACCGCGAUGCGAUCCUCUCGCACUUAAUCCAGCUCCUUUGCAGCCGUUUAUUAGCACGCCUCUCACGAUCUCCUGAGUAUCCUUUUUGCAAGAGAUGUGUUGAGGCGAACCAAACCAAUAGCCAGGCGGAGAGCGACUGUCGUAGAGCUUCCUCCCAUAAUGCCCACCAGUCAUUCAGUUAGGAGGAGGAGCUGGUGUUGCAGGGGGAUGCAUCGAUCUGCCACACGUUUGUGCUGAAAUUGAGGAGUUUGGGAAUUGUUUGCUCUUUUCUCAUUCACAUUUAGCUCGCUCAACAGGUCUCGCGCGCGCACAGACAGCGAGAGAUGUCUGCACCACUGAGCCCCAAUUCACUCUUUGGGAUGGGGAAUCCCUUGCUGGACAUCUGUGCCGUGGUUGACAAAGACUUCCUGGACAAAUACACACUGAAGCCAAAUGACCAGAUCCUGGCUGAAGACAAGCACAAAGCCCUGUUUGAUGAGCUGGUGAACAAGUUCAAAGCGGAAUACCACGCUGGGGGAGCCACGCAGAACUCCAUAAAGAUUGCUCAGUGGUUGAUCCAGGAGCCUCACAAAGCAGGCACCUUCUUCGGAUGUAUCGGCAAAGACAAGUUUGGAGAGAUCCUGAAGAAGAGAGCGGAGGAGGCCCACAUCGAUGCCCACUACUACGAGCAAGACCAGGAGCCCACGGGCUCGUGUGCCGCAUGCAUCACCGGAGCGAACCGGUCACUGGUGGCGAACCUGGCUGCUGCUAAUUGUUAUAAGAAGGAGAAACAUCUGGACCUGGAAGAAAAUUGGAAAUUGGUGGAAUGCGCUGAAGUUUAUUAUAUUGCCGGUUUCUUCGUCACAGUGUCUUUGGAGUCCAUGCUGAAAGUGGCCAAGCACGCAUCAGAAACUAACAAAAUGUUCUGCCUCAACUUGUCUGCACCGUUUAUCUGCCAGUUCUUCAAAGACCACCUCAUGCAGCUCUUGCCCUACGUGGACGUGCUCUUCGGCAAUGAGACUGAGGCAGCUGCAUUCGCUAAGGAGCAAGACUUUGAGACCAAAGACAUUAAAGAGAUCGCCAAGAAAGCGCAGGCUCUCCCCAAAGUCAACACCAAGAGACAAAGGAUUGUCAUCUUGACUCAGGGGAAGGAUGAAACUGUGAUGGCUCUCAGUGACAAAAUUGAGACUUUCCCUGUGUUGGCAACUGAUCCCAAAGACAUAGUGGACACAAAUGGUGCUGGUGACGCAUUUGUAGGAGGUUUCCUGUCUGGGCUGGUCCGAGAAAAACCACUGGACCAAUGCGUGCGAGCAGCUCACUACGCUGCCAAUGUCGUCAUUAGAAGAUCCGGUUGCACGUUCCCUGAAAAGCCAGAUUUUGUUUGAUGUACUUUUUAGCGUUGUUUGCCCCAAAAUGUCCAUUUAACAACAAAUGUCACCCAGUAUGUUUUUUUCUCAUUUUUCCCGUCCAAUGUUUUGUUUUUUUUUUAACCUGCCAUCUGAUUUAUUUUUAAUUGCUGGCAUUUUGCCACAUCACCUCAGCAUGUCUUCUUUCAUCCGAUUCGUGGCGCUGCAGGAAAAACUAACCAGGAUUUGUUGGUCUUUACUCAGUCACUGUCAGAUGUAUGUACUCAAAAAAACAAAAAAAAAAAGCCUCAAGCACAGCAAACAUUACACAGUAUUAAUAACGCUAAUUGUGGCCAAAUCAGGUAUAUGACCACUGAACCACAUUUUGUCAUUACCACGGUUGCACUCAGCUGACAAGUUGUUUUAAAAUGUCCUAAUUGUCUUUGGAUGAUUUAUUUGUGAUUUGAUCAGGCCAGUGAAUGACUUUGUCAUUUGAAAUGCUUGAAUUAUUAAGUGUCAAAGCCACUGCGCACAGGAAAUGGAACUGUGACAUUCAACACUACAAAUCAUGAGUGCCUUUUAUUCUUUGUUACAAAAGUGAAAUACUUGAAGCUGCUUUCAUCAUCGGUAUGCAAAAUAAUAGGUCAUCUACAGUGGUCCUGUUGCAAAGUAAGACCGACUAUCAUGGGAUGAUUGAGGGUAUUGUGUGAGUCUGUUUUUUUUAAACUUAUUUUCCAAGUACCUCAACACUCAGCUUUGUGAAAUUAAACAUAAAUGCACAUUUAUCACAUUGUGCAGUUCAAUGCAAGCUUCUCUUUUGACCUCUUCGGUGUUUGAUUUGGCUUCAUCAAAACUUGAAUACAAUUGUAACAAUUUCCUAAUGAUGCAAAAUGGCAUUUUCUUUCUUUUAUAACUGCAUUUUCUUGGAAUCUUGUCUUUACAGUCCCAUCCAAUCAUAUUCCUCAAUAUGUACUCAAACAACGAGAGGGCUGAAGUGAUCCUUUUGUCAGGUUGUUGCCAGACUUAAAUGUUAAAAUGGACAAAUAAAACAACAAAAAUCA